UGUAGCAUGGCGGCGUUCGCAGAUUUGGACCUGCGAGCGAGUUCCGACUUGAAGGCUCUGCGCGGACUCGUGGAGACUGCCGCUCACCUUGGCUAUUCCAUUGUUGCCAUCAAUCACGUGGUUGACUUUAAGGAAAAGAAACAGGAAAUUGAAAAACCGGUAGCUGUUUCUGAACUCUUCACAACUUUGCCAGUUGUACAGGGAAAAUCAAGACCAAUUAAAAUUUUAACUAGAUUGACGAUUAUUGUUUCUGAUCCAUCUCACUGCAAUGUUUUGAGAGCUACUUCUUCAAGAGUCCGGCUGUAUGAUAUUGUUGCAGUUUUUCCAAAGACAGAAAAACUUUUUCAUGUUGCUUGUACACAUUUAGAUGUGGAUUUAGUCUGUGUGACUGUAACAGAGAAACUACCAUUUUACUUCAAAAGACCUCCUAUUAAUGUGGCAAUUGACCGAGGCCUAAGUUUUGAACUUGUCUAUAGCCCUGCUAUCAAAGACUCCACAAUGAGAAGGUACACAAUUUCCAAUGCCCUCAAUUUGAUGCAAGUCUGCAAAGGAAAGAAUGUAAUUGUAUCUAGUGCUGCAGAAAGGCCUUUGGAAAUAAGAGGGCCAUACGAUGUGGCAAACUUGUAUCCUUUUCCAAAGGGUUGCUGUUUGGGCUCUCUGAAGGUGAAGCCAAGGCUGCAGUGUCUAUCAACUGCCGAGCAGCACUUCUCCACGGAGAAACUAGAAAAACGGCUUUUGGAAUUAUUUCAACAGUGAAGAAACCUCGGCCAUCAGAAGGGGAUGAUGAUUCCCUUCCAGCUUGCAAGAAAGCCAAGUGUGAGAGCUGAAAAGAAUGCCCUUCCCUCAGCACUCCCCUCUUCCCUUUUAUAGUUCGUCAGCCACAGCAAAAAUAAAACCUUGUGGGAUUUACUGUUUUCAUUUGGAGUUAGAAAUCGAUAGUGUAUAAAAACAGUUUACAUUCCAGCCAUUAAAACAACAAACAAAACCUAGUGAAGCAUUAAAAAUGAAGGCUGCCAGCUUAAUGAAUUUAGCUGUGCUUCAAGAGAAAAGCAAAGACUAUGCUUUUUGUAAGUGAUGAAUAACAGCAGGUAUAUUUGAAUAAGAUGUUUCAAUAUUUCAAGAGACUCUUUAAAAAUGUUUCCUGUUCAUUUAAAAACUCAUGCUUACUAAUUUGCUUGAUAUACGUGACUUAUUAUUUUUUAAUCUCACUAUUCAAGAAGUGGUUAUUUUGAGGACUAUUAAAACUUAUUUUGAAGGGGUGA